AGUUAACAGUGUAGUUGUAAUAUCUUUAUAUUCAAUUCCAGAGGACCAGUUCACACUUUAUCUUUAUGGGAUCAGAAUUAAGCUAAAACAAAGUGGGCUUUUUUAAAGAAGUCAAUAACGUAAAUAACUAGUAACAAGAUGAAGUUGUUUUGAAUUGAUUUAAAGGCGCUAGUCUAGGGUUUCUUCUUCCGGUAUGGAAAUCGCAAGCCAAGCAAUUAUUCAAGUUCAGCUUAUAACAAAUCUAAACUCGGAUCACUCAGGUUGAAUCAACCCACUCUCGUGGUAUUGAUUCAUUUGCAAGUCGGUCUUGAUGCCUAAACUCUCGUUUGGAUCAAGACGCGCUAGCAAGCCUUAGAGAUCAAGUCCGAUAUGUUCACAAUACAUCCUAAUAUCUACUCUCGCUGACUAGGGAUGCAAAGCUCAUUCAAAUCAUAUCAAGUUAUCAAUUAACGGCUAGCUAAAUUGAUUAACCCUAAUUCAUGCACUAAGUGAUCGGUUCAAUGCAAGCAAUAAGAACAUAUAUGAAUGUAGACAAUCUUAAGAUGACUUAUUUAUACUUCAGCUCACGAAUCCAAACCCUAGAACCCUAAACUAACUCGGUGACUACUCAGACAUAACACAAGAACAGAGAAGCAUGAUUUCUGAAUAAUACUGCAUAUAAUAGAUAAUAGAAAUCAGAGGGUUCAGGAUAAUCUUCUCUAGGAGAUAGAUGAUGUCUUCUCGUUCAAAAAUCAAAGCUAUCUUAGAUCUUUUCUUGUGUAAAAAUUAAGGUAGGUCUAAAGUAAUAAAUAGGAGACUAUAUAUAUAGGAGCCACAGACGGCUAUAGGGAAAAAUAUGAAAUCUAGGGCAAAUCCCGAAAUAUUUUGAAACUUCCUUUUUUAUCUCUGCCGCUGGAGCAGGCACUCAGGCUGCUCCGGUCGACUGUUCAGCGCAAAAGACUCUAAUUCACACUCCUUUUCUCUUUUUUCCUUCCAUCUGGUCUAUCUCUCAUCCAAUGCAACUCGAGACUUGUAAUGACUCAAAUGAACUAAAAAGACUCGAUAAAACUUUGAAAACUAUUAAUAAGACAUACAUAUAGUGUGCCAAAAACACAAUAUAUCAACCAACUGUCUCACGAAUUAUUUCUAUUUCUUUUGCUUUUACUUAUUGAUAUAAUACUACUAUCUAGAAAUAUGAAAGAUAUUAUCUUCUUAAUUUAAACGUUGACAUUAUUUUUGUUCAAGCAACAUUGACUUCUUAAACUACUUUGAAUAAUUCAUUUUAAUUUCAAAGAAAAAUCAAAUACAAUCUCACUUGGCAAAUUGUAUGGAUGUGAACGAAUGAUUCUUUACUUAGUUUUUCUUACAAAACUAACUUAAAAUGUUAUAUCAAAAAGAAGGAUAAAUGAGCAGACUUGUCAACUGUCACGAUCAUAGCUUCAACUCAAUUUUUUUACUCAAGUAUCUUAAACUUCCCUCUCAAGAAUCUACACACAUUGCUAUAACUUGUGCAUCGAGAAACAGUCAUAAGUGCUCUAUAAUAACAUAUACUUAGAAUAUUAUAAUAUUGUGCUUGGAAGUUUUACAAUGACUUCACACAACAGACUUUUCCACUCAUUUGUCUUAGCAGAAUUCAUGGAAAGUUAUUCUGUUUUUCCUGGAAAGCUACUCAUCUUUUAUUGAUAUAGAUAGGACUCUGAAUAAGAUGUUCAACAUUAUAAUCAAUGGCAUGGAGAUCAUCUGGAGAACAACUCUUUCAACACUAAUGCUUUUUUUCUUCUUGAGAUAUUUCGAUAACCCUCCAACUCCAUCAAACCCUCUGCUUAUUUUUUUCUUCCUCAGUUUGAUCCUUUUCUUGUUUAUCAUCCAUAGUAAUCGCUUUGUUAAUAAAGAAGCCCAAGAUUUUAAUGUUCUGUGCACGUUUGAAGAAGACAGUACUACGCUUGAUAAUUACACCAUAGACAAGAACAAAGAUUGUUGUUCUCUCACAAAAUAUUGCUAUGGUAAUGAUGUUGAUUUUUUUAGCUAUUAUGGUGGUUUUCAUGAAUUUGAUUAUGAAGGCGAUAUAUGGAAUGAUAAUGAACAUUAUAGCCAGUGGAAUGAAGAUGAUGGUGAUGAUGGUAUUGAAAACCAUGAUGAUGAUGAUCAUGAGCAGGGUGAUGAUGAUGAUGAUACCUUGACGAAUAGGAUUGAAGAUUACAUUGCAAGCGUUUACAGUGGAUGGAGAGCAGAGAAACUGUUUGUUUGAUGUUUUCAUUAAUCUUGUUUUACUUUCGCCCUGUUAUGAAGAAAUUGUUGUGGUGUGGUACUUAAGUUUGGUUGUUACUUGUUAGACACUGACGUGAUUCAAUCUUGGUUUCAUGACUCUGGUUCUUUGAGUUCUGAACACUUAAAUUGCGCCAAUCGUGUGUUUAGUAGACACAAAUGAUGAUCGAAUAUAUACAAAUCUAUCUCAAUGUAA